UUUUAAUAAUCAAUAAAUAUGGAAAGCAAACAAAAUAUCGCAUCCAAAUAUAUAUCUUCUGAUGGUGCUGGAGGUGCUGAAGAGUCAAAAGAAUCUCUCCAAGAGGACCCAUUCUACCUAAAAUCACUGGAGAGUGAAGGCCAGACAAAGCCUACCGUGGGGAGCUUCAAAAUUAAGGCAAGUAUUGUCUCAAAGGCGCUGGAGAACUUCUUUACUUACACCCAAGAUUGCCAAAGAUACGAAGGAGAUAUCCAAGAGCUCCAUCAACAGUGGGGACACCAACUUGUCCAACUUAAACUUAAGGCCAACAACAUUGGAGAUGAAGGGAGACUCCAAGAACUUGAAGACCUUGACAAAGAAAUCAAUCUGCUGAAGAAGGAGAUGAGCAACCAAGACAUCUUUGCUAAGUUUAAGGAUGAAUCCUAUUGGAGACUUCUCAAAGAAGAGGUGGUGGCUAGCAUUUAGUCUUGAAGGUAAUGCUUCUUCACUGCAACAACCCGCCCAGCCCAAACCCGCUUUGGACAGACUCCACUUCUCUUCCACAGACUUCGACUACUACUAUUGGCUUCAACAGGGCUGACAGAGGCCUUUUAGACCAGUUACUGAGCUCUGGCUAUGAAUGGACAGCCCAGGAGAUAUGAAUGUGGUCACGGGGCUUGACAAAAGACUUCCUGAUUUAGAAAGAUUGAGGAUUAGGAAGAUUCCUAGAGAGAGUCAAGAGGCAAGACAUUGUGUUGCCAAGUAUUUCCCCAAAACAGUAAGAGAGUUUAGCUUUAAUAUUGCUUCUGCUCUGGGGAGCAUCUCCCUGUACCACUCUGCCUUGCUGGCUGCUGCUCCUUGUGUGACAGAGAGGGUUGAACUUUGGAAUUUUAAGAUCUCCCAGCCCCAAACCAUCGCCCUCCUCGCUGCCUUUCACAAGGUCACACGCUUUGGCUUCGGCUCCUGCAUUCUACACAUGCCCUCUGUGCCUUCCUUCCCAGACUCCAUGGCCAACUCCAACAUUCGAGAAUUAAAUUUCUACUACUCAGGAGAUAGCGCUCAUGGAGACUGGGGGAAGGACAACUCGUGCUUCAGCAACUUGAUGGCUGGGCUUGCCCAGGUUGACACUGUCAGGGAAAACUUGGAGAGGGUGAAUAUGACUGGCUGUGGAAUGAAGAAGGAAGAAAUAAAGGAGAUCUUGGAGAACUGUGGAUACGGUAAUGUUAAUAUUUAUGGAGGAAGAUAAAUUCUUAAGUUUCAAUAGCUGUCACAGA